AUGCGGCCGCUUUUGCUACUACACAGGGCUCCCAAACUCACAAAUUUCUCCGUAGAAUUCGAGUACAGGCCAGAGCUAAAGCCUCGCGUCGAUCUUUGGCUUCGUUUCGCCACAACUGCCAAGGUAGACCAACUUAGUCUAUGUUUAUCAUCUUGUAUCAUACCUGAAGAAUACACAGUGCCGCAGCAUCUCUAUGCCAAUGAGUUUGUUUCUAAAUUGAAUUUUAGGAACUGCAUAAUUAAGCCUAAUGGGUUAAUAGGUUGGAGUUCACUCAAGCACUUGUAUUUUGGGUUCACGUCCUUGCCCGGCGAUGUGAUAAAUAAAUUGUUAUUGGGUGGUCCUAGACUUGAAUCCUUGGAAUUGCAUAAUUGUUAUCAUUUUAAUCGGCUGGAUAUUGUGUCCGCGAGUUUGAAAAAAUUUGUGAUGUUACAUUCUUAUUAUGGAGAGGAGGGAUGGGAUGAGAACGAGCUGUUGGACUUGAAAAUUGAUUCUCCAAAGAUGGAGUCUUUGGAAAUUGUAGGGAAUUUAUAUAAUAUGAAGAAGUGUCGGAUAAAGGACCUGUCGGCAUUGGUUGAGGUUAAGGUCGAUUUCGAAAUUCCAAUUGAAGAUGAUAUUGAAGAGGACGAUCAAACUAAGUACUGUGAAAGUGAAAAUGUUGUGAGAGAACUUUUUGAGAGUCUGCAGCAAGUCUAG